ACAGUCAUCUAUGCGUGGAUGUCAAGGUUUUGACAUCAAACAUCAAAGUGCCCACUGGGUUAUAAGUUCAACAGUCUUGUCAUGGUAGCCUGUAUAAAUUGGCCUUGUUCCAGAACAUAAUAUUUCUGCCAUAUUUUGAAUCUUAGUGUAAUGUUGGAUUGUGUUAUGAGAGAUUCCAUAUGUCCUUAUUUGAGGCACCUAAUGUGGUAAAUUUAGCUUUGGCCCAGAUAGUCGUUAACAGCCCAUCUCUAUUUUUUCUGCUCUGAAGGGCGUAAGGAGAGGAAGACAAAGCACGUAGGAUGGAGCUGAGGCUUUAUCAACAGGAAGAGGUGUGGAGGAGGAGGAGAAAAAAAGAAAGAGAGGCUGAUGGAGGAGGAGAAGGAAAAUAACGAGGAAGAGGAAAGGAUGAUGGAGAAGGAAGAGAAGCAGAAUGAAGAGGGGAGGAUGAUGGAGGAAGAAAAGGAGAAUAAGGAGAAAGAGGAGAAGAUGAACGAGGAGAAAAAUCAGGAAGAUAAUGGGAAAGAGGAGCAAAUAACACCCCCCAUUUUGGCAGAACAAGGCACUGAUGAUGAUGAGCAGGAGAUUAUGGAGAAGAGUGACAGAAUGAAAGAGGAGAGCGUGGAGGAGGAGAAGGAGGAGGAGGACAUAGUGGAAAAGAAGAGAAAGAAGACGAGAAGGGGGAGGAGAAGUAAAAAGAUGGUAAAGGAUGAGGAGGUGGAGGGGAACAUUGAGCAGGAGGAGGAAAUGAGGGAGAAAGAGGCGGAAAUGAGGAAGAAGGAGGUGAAAAUAGUGAAAAAGAAGAGAAGGAAGAUGAGAAGAGGGAAGAGAAGAUAUAGCAAAAAGGAGGAGGAGGAGAACAUUGUGACAGAGGUGGAAAUGAGGGCGAAGGAGGAGGAGAAAAUAGUGGAAAAGACAUUUGUUUAA